AUCAAAGUUUUAAUGCACUCAUCCUGAAAUCCCUGAUUCAUGCAGGAACAAAUUCACACGAAGACAGAGAAACAAUCCACAAGACAAAGGCUAAAAGACAACAUUUGAAACCGCACUGCUGCCAGCACAAACGUUUUCCCCAAGGAAGAAUACAAAAGCACACCACAAGGCGACGUAGCUCAGCCCGACCCCUACCACCGAGCAUGCCCAAACCAGCCCCGGAGCCCGUCACGCUGCAACCCACAGCUCGCCGCGGGCACCGAACUCUCGCGAGAGCUGGAGAGGUUGCCAUAGUAGCGGGAGACAGGGACGCCCGUGCGGCGCGGCCUCGCUCGCCGCUACCACCGCCCCCGGGCCGGACACCAGCGCAGCGCGGUCACGGUCCCGCUCCGGCCUCCUGCCCGCGGGGGGCGCUCGGCCCGAGGGGGCGGCGGAAGCGCGUUGUGAGGCGGCCGCGGGGCGCAGCUCGGUGGGCAGGAAGGUCGCCUCAGUUUACCUGGAGUAUGUCAGUGCACCUGGAGAACGAGGAUGAAGACUCCCAUAACUCCUGUGUGUCAGAAGACAGUCAACAGUGCACAGUUCUUGCAGAUUCUGUUUGUGCUGAUAUUUUUCCAAGGGCAAAACAGAUUCUGUUAUCACUUGACACAGAGGCAGUGGUGCCCCAUCUGCAAGAGCUGCAGAAUUCAUGUGACUCACCACCUGCGGGUCAGUUUUCCCAGGUGUACUGGCCAAAUCAGUGUGAAGUAACCAGGGACAGAAUUGAGCACAUUGAUUGGAUACCCAGUAGCCCUGAGCCGCUGUACACUCCAACAGGUUUGGAGAUGACGCCAUCCUGCCAACCUCCUGACAAGGGCACUGUGAUUUAUGUAGAAGAAGAAGCUAACAGAGAAUCCUACUUUAUGUAUUCCCAAAUGAGAGAUCUCUGUCCUGUGAAACAGAUCUUCCAUCAUAAAGCGGACAAUACACUCAUCUUUGAAGCACGGUUUGAGAGUGGUAAUUUGCAGAAGGUGGUUAAAGUCAGAAAUGAAUUUGAGUACCAGCUGACCCUGCGAACCGACCUCUACACAAGCAGGCACGUGCAGUGGUUUUACUUCCAAGUAAGCAAUACUCAGGCAGGGAUGCCUUAUCGCUUCACCAUCGUCAACUUUACCAAGCGUAGCAGCCUGUAUAGCCAUGGUUUGCGGCCGCUGUUGUACUCAGAAGUUGAUGCUAAGAAGCACAACAUUGGCUGGCGAAGGACAGGAAAUGAAAUCAAGUAUUACAAAAACAAUGUGAGUGAACAUGGACGUCAGUAUUUCUCACUCACGUGGACAUUUCAGUUUCCUCAUGACAGAGACAUCUGCUAUUUUGCCCACUGCUAUCCUUACACCUACUCCAACCUGCAGGAGUACCUGGUGGCCAUCUCUAAAGAUCCAGUCAAGUCCAAGUUCUGCAAGAUUCACAUCUUGUGCCAUUCCCUGGCGGGAAACAUAGUGCAUGUGUUAACUAUCACCAACCCCCCUGAAAGUGGCAAGGACACAAAGAGAAAGGCUGUGAUUCUAACUGCAAGAGUGCAUCCCGGAGAAACCAACAGUUCGUGGAUAAUGAAGGGCAUUCUGGAUUACAUUCUUGGUAAUUCAGGCAAAGCUCAACAGCUCCGGGACGCUUUUGUCUUCAAAGUGGUACCAAUGCUGAAUCCAGACGGUGUGAUUGUGGGAAAUCACCGCUGCUCUUUAACAGGUCAUGAUUUGAACCGCAAAUACAAAUCUAAGGUGAAGAAAUGUUAUCCUUCCAUCUGGUAUACCCGAAACAUGAUCAGAAGAGUGAUGGAGAAGCGUGACAUUUUUCUGUAUUGUGACAUCCAUGGUCACAACAGAAAACAAAAUGUCUUCAUGUAUGGUUGUGAGAGAGAGCAGGAAUCAAAAGCGCCGCACUUGCAUCCACGUGCCUUUCCACUCUUGCUGAGCAAGAAUUGCCCAGAUAAGUUCUCAUUCCCAGACUGCCGUUUCAGAGUACAAAAGAGCAAAGAAAGCACAGGUCGAGUUGUAAUGUGGAAGAUGGGCAUCAACAACAGCUACACUUUGGAAGCUUCUAUUUGUGGCUCUAAGUUGGGCUGGAGACAAAGCACCCAUUUCGAUAUCAAAGACUUGGAGUCAAUAGGACAGCAUUUCUGUGAUGCUCUCUUGAACUACUCUGUUGAUAAUAAGGAGGAACAGGAGAAAGUAAUGACACAGCAAGCUAAGGUGAGCUCCGAGGUCCUGAAUUCUGAUGCAUUAGACUGGGAUUCCAGCAGCCAAUCUUCUGACAGCUCAGACUCCUAUGAUAUUGCUGCACACCGGCAAAAACUAGGUACUAAGAAAAAAAACACACCAUCAGGAGAUCCCUUUAACAGCACUGCUAAGGACAGAAGUCGUGAAAGCAAAAAUACCCCAAGAACUGAAAUUCAGGAACUUGACCCAGUAGAUAAAGUAAAAUUGCCAAUGACAGCCUCUGCCAAACACGUAGGAAAAUAUUUCAGCUCUGAGAGACUCACCUGUAAUGUUAACGGCAAUCAUGAAAAGCCAUCUGUGCCACAGGAGUCAGGAAAAAGUGUAUUUUGUGACGUAAUCCUAUCCAGAAGAGAAAAUUUCCAUUCAUCCAGCUUUAAUUUGAUCUCUCAGAAGAAACACAAUGGCAAAAGUGUCUCCAGCUCUUCACAGAAGACGUUUCAGCAUUUAAAAGGUCAUGACCAUGGUGCAAAGAACAAUUCAAAAAAGGAAGCACAGAAGACAGAGAGGCUCUCCUCAAAACCCACAAGAGUCAGGAAAAACAGGAAAACAAGACAAGGUGUAAAUUUUAGGAAGAGUAAAUCCUGCCAGGCACAAAACGCAUUACAGUUCUCUCUGCCCUUACUGCCUGAAGCAAAGAACAGACAACCUGCUGCAAAAUAUCAAGAUGUGUUUUGGAGCCCCAGUUCUUCAGCUAACAAAAGCAUGUGAAAGAGUCAUCUAUAUUAUUUACUUAAACAACUCCCAGAACUUUGACUAUGGAUUAUGGCUAGCAGUGAGGGAGUACACAACCUGCAGAAACAAAAAUUCUUCUUGCCCUUUUUUUCUGAAAAAUUGUUCACACUCAGCUGACUAAUGUGCUCAUGAAGUUUCUCUCAUCAUGUGAAGAAUUAUUCCAAAUUCUAAACCAGUUUAUCUGGGAGUGUCUCCUGAGUAUAAAGCAUCAUUUGUGUUAAACUAUACAUACUGAUUUUAUGGGGCAGACUCCAGACUUCCAGAAGGAGCUGCAUGAAUAGCUGAGCGUCACCCACCCACCUCAACUCUAUUUGGAAGUUUUCCUAAGAUUCUCAAGGAGAGGGAUUAUUCACUGAGCAGCUGAAGACACUAUUCACUGAUCAUAAGCUACGGGAAUCGUUUCCCUUUUCACCAACAAAUAAAUUUUACAUGCAAAAACAUUUGAUGCAAAAUCUGUAUACAAAUUUUGGAAUUCCUUGCUAAAGGAUGUUGUGGAUGUGUGGAUGCAAAAAAACAUGUGUGGAUUCAGAUGGGCAUGUGCCUUAAAAAUAGACUGCAGAGAGUUUUUAAAUAGGCCACAUACGGUCUGGGAAAUGUCCUCAGCUGACAUGAGUGAGAACAGAGGAGAGCUCUUAGGAAAAGUAUUGUGUAUGUUUGUUCUGUUUCUAUUCUCCCCUCAGCAUCCACACAGAGUCACCUAGGAGACAGACUGCUGUGAUAAGUGGCUCCUUAACCUAAACCAGUAUGGCUGUUCAUAUGUCCUUAUGAACCUGGGUAACAUUUUAUUUGUUACAGUCGUAUGCCUGCACAGUUUGCAUUGUCUUGAGACGUACAGCACUGUACAGACAACUGGAAGAAGAGAUGAAAAAUAUGCUUCUUUAAAUAGGUACUAAGUUUUGUCUACUUUGUGUUGUGUAGUACUUAAGAUUGUCCCUUAAACAAUUUAGCAGGCUUCCUUAUUCUACCUUGUCUCUGUCUCUAUUGUAUUCCCCAUUUUAAUGAGUAAAUUGUAACCUACUGCUGCAAAAUCAGGGCCAUCAGCGUUUAAGAGGAGCUGGGCUAGAAUUGCCAGUAGUAAAUAAAGCCUAAAUUAUUUUUCUCUUCAAGAAGAAAGAACUGGCCACAUCUGAUACCCAGGGGCAAUAGGAUUCAGCCUCAUAGAGUCCUAAAUUCAGCAGACAUGCAGACAACACAAAGCCAUUUACCUUUGCACUACCUUUGACUCCAGCUCUUAGCUUGUCAGUUACCUCACCAUGAUAGCUAUAGGAGGAGAAGCAUAGAUUUGGUUUGGUUUCACUAAGAUUUAUUUAUUUUUAGUUACCAGCAGAUUACAGACAAGAUAAAAUUUGUAAUUUUAUUAUUUCUUCUGAAUAAAAGUGAUUUCCGAACAGUGUGGAAAAAUGUGAAAUCAACUCUAACCUUUCUUUUCACCAGCCUAUGAACUCCUGCAGUAAUCCUUCAGGGUGAUUACAAUGGGGGAGCACUAGAUAUAGCUGAGAAGUUCUUCAAAUAACUAAAGGGAACACAGUUCUGCAGAGAUUCCGUUAGGAAUGAGUACCAGGGUCAUUGCCAACUUCUGGGACUCUAGUGUAGUAGCUUACUUUUAAAACAGCAGGCUAAAAUAAGCAAAACACAUUUGAAUGUCCCAGGUCGCCCGUGCUUUACUUUUGAUUGUUAUUGUUAAUGAAACUUUUCCUCCACACAGUCUUCCAGCCACUCUGACCCAAGCCUGUAGCACUGCUUUGGGUUGUAGCCAAAGUGCAGGACCCAGCACUUGGUCUUACCAAAUCAUUCUUCAUCCCAUUGGCCUCAGCCCAGCUAUCCAGCCUGCCCCCAUACCUCUGUAGGGCUUUCCUACCCUCAGACAGAUGAACGCUUUCUCCCAAAUUGGUGUCAUCUGCAAACUUACUGAGGGUGCUCUCAAUG